AUGGAAUACGCCCCCGCAAGCAUAUCCAUUGCUUCCAAGCUCUUCGAGUACGGAUUCAAGAUAUACAAACUCUACAAAGAUACCCGCGAGGCUGGAACAAAAUAUGUUAGGCAACGAAUUUUGCUUGAUAUCCAGGCUCAGCGCUACGAGAACUGGGGCAACUUCGUUGGCCUAGAUAAGGGAGAGUACCAUCCAACAACCGAGCAGACCCAAGCGCAACUUGAUUUGAUGGUGGACAUUCUGGCACAAAUCUCAGAUAUUCUCGUCUCGGCAUCUGAGCUGAAAGCAAAAUAUGAAGAGGGAGCAAACAGCGGUGCGACAUUGGUCGAGGAUGAACAGAUUACGAUCGCUCAAAUUACGCAACGUCAGCUUAAACAGCACAAAUUCGCAAACUGGAUCAAAUCACAGUUUGGAAAAGGCCUUAAAUUUGCCCUUUGGGACGGAGAAAAGUUUGAGGAAUUUCACCUCACGCUGAUACAUUUCAUUGAAGGUCUCGAGAGCUUGACUGGAGUAUAUCAUAAGAGAUUUGAGGCUUUGUUGUACACACAGUUGCUCCGAAAUAAGUCAAGAGAAGAACUGAGAGAAUUGGGACAAGCAAAUAUACCGAUAGGAAGAGUUAUUCCAGAGCUUGCUGAUCGAAAGUCUGCUUACAUGGAAUUGUCAGAAAGACAGAAGAGUGCGCAAGGCGCGAGGCUGUUUGGUCUAACCGAAGACAAGUUUAAACUAUCGGCUUCAGAUAUCAAACCGGAACGAGUCAGCAAAAAAACCGCAACAAUGUUCGGAACGUACCAAAAUGACAAACCGGUGGCAGUUGAGUGGAAGCUUGUGUCCGAGGAGCUGACCCCAGAUGAGGCCCUUAAGCGCCUCUCUAACGUCGCCGAAUUCUUGUCGACGAGUAUAGUUGGUGUAGAGACUCAUCUCCCACGAUCGAUAGGGUACUAUCGCAAUCCGGGAAUAACAGACCGUAUCGCUCUGGUGUACGAAGACCCAGGACCACACUCGUCUACCCUCUUCGAUGCGAUUGCCGACGCUAAAUUUCAGCAUAUUAGCUUGGGAGAGCGCUACAAACUUGCCCUGGCCCUUGCCGAGUCUCUGUUCUACCUUCGCCUGACUGGCUGGUUUCAUAGGGCGAUUCGAAGCUCCAACAUCCUCAUUUGCGGCGAUCCUCCCACGCCAGACAUCCGUCUCCUGCUGGUCGGCUUUACGAGUGCCCGGCUUGAAAAACCCUGGGAGAAGUCUGACAAGAUCAUUUCUGGUCAAUACGACGAGCUCUAUCACCACCCGACUUACCAGGGCAAGAACAAGCGCAGCGUGAAUUACAGCUAUGCUUUUGACAUAUAUAGCCUUGGUGUCUGCUUGAUCGAGAUAGCUACUUGGCAACCAAUCAGCGAGCUGGGCGAAUACGACGUGGACCAUCACAGUCCCGUCAAAUUCAAGAGGAAGCUUUGCUCAAACGAUUCGAUGGGGUUCUUGGAAUUUACUGUUGGAAAGGAGUAUCGACGAGCCGUCCAAUGGUGUUUAGGUGCCGUCGAGCUCAAGGAUAAACAAGACGGGAGUGGAGAGGAGAAGGACUCAGCAAUGGAGUUCUGGGACCAAGUUGUUCUUAAGCUUGCAAAUUGUCGGUCUUCGGUGGACUAAGGAUGUGGAUUCGGACCAGUUUCUAAUCUGCGAAUCUUUCGAGACGGAGGGCUAUGGAAUCU